AUGGAGAGGACCCUUAUCUGUCUGAUAGUCAUCUUCUUGGGGACAGUGGCCCAUAAAACAAGCCCCCAAAGGCCAGAUCGCCUCCUGAUUAGACUUCGUCACCUUGUAGACAAUGUUGAACAGCUGAAAAUUUAUGUGAAUGACUUGGAUCCUGAACUUCUGCCAGCUCCACAAGAUGUAAAGGAGCAUUGUGAGCACUCAGCUUUUGCCUGUUUCCAGAAGGCCAAACUCAAGCCAGCAAACACAGGAAGCAAUAAGACGAUCAUCAGUGACUUAGUCACUCAGCUGAGGAGGAGGCUGCCUGCCACCAAGGCUGAGAAAAAGCAGAAGAGCUUAGUUAAAUGUCCAUCCUGUGAUUCUUAUGAGAAAAAAGCACCCAAAGAAUUCCUAGAAAGACUAAAAUGGCUCCUUCAAAAGAUGAUUCAUCAGCAUCUUUCCUAG